GGCGCCCGGAGGAGCAGGCGGGGGACCCUGCGUGGGCAGGAGCCCAGCCACCGCUGCCGCCCUGCUGCUAUUCACAGUGUACACCAUCCUCGCCAGGGGCCAGGCCGACCGCAACGUGUAUCCCUCCGCCGGAGUGCUCUUCGUCCACGUGCUGGAGCGGGAGUACUUUAAAGGGGAGUUCCCCCCCUUCCCGAAGCCUGGCGAGAUCAGCAACGACCCCAUCACGUUCAACACAAACCUCAUGGGCUACCCAGACAGGCCCGGCUGGCUGCGCUACAUUCAGAGGACGCCCUACAGCGACGGCGUGCUCUACGGCUCCCCCACGGCCGACAGCGUGGGCAGGCCCACCGUCAUCGAGAUAACGGCCUAUAAUCGGCGCACCUUUGAGACGGCCCGGCACAACCUGGUCAUCCACGUCAUGUCAGCGGAAGACUUCCCGUUGCCCUACCAAGCGGAAUUCUUCAUCAAGAACAUGAACGUGGAAGAGAUGCUGGCCAGCGAGGUCCUGGGAGACUUUCUGGGGGCCGUGAAGAACGUGUGGCAGCCCGAGCGGCUGAACGCCAUCAACAUCACGUCGGCCCUGGACCGGGGCGGCCGCGUCCCGCUGCCCAUCGACGACAUGAAGGAAGGGGUCUACGUGAUGGUCGGCGCCGACGUGCCCUUCUCGUCGUGCUUGCGGGAGGUGGAGAACCCCCAGAACCAGCUGCGCUGCAGCCAGGAGAUGGAGCCCGCCGUCACGUGUGACAAGAAGUUCCGAGCUCAGUUCCACAUCGACUGGUGCAAGAUCUCCCUGGUCGACAAGACGAAGCAGGCGUCCAGCUUCCAGGAGGUGGUGUGCGGGGAGGGCAUCCUGCCCGACGGCGGCGAGUACCGGCCGCCGCCCGCCUCGCUGAAGAGCCGCGACUACUACUCGGACUUCCUGGUCACGCUGGCCGUGCCGUCGGCCGUGGCGCUGGUGCUCUUCCUGGUCCUCGCCUACGUCAUGUGCUGCCGCCGCGAAGGCGUCAUCCAACUGGUCCACCACAGCGCCAUCCAGAAGUCCACCAAGGAGCUGCGGGACAUGUCCAAGAACCGGGAGAUCGCCUGGCCGCUGUCCACGCUGCCCGUGUUCCACCCGGUCACCGGGGAGAUGGUGCCCCCGCUGCCCACGGACGGCUACGACGGGACCAGCAUGCCGCUGAUGCAGACGCAGCCGAACCUCCCACAUCAGACUCAGAUUCCCCAGCAGCAGGCAGCCGGAGAGUUUCGUAUGACGACUUUUCAAAGGUUUGAGGUAAACGGUAUCCCUGAAGAGAGGAAGCUGACGGAAGCGCUGGACUUGUGACGCCGCCUCCGCGCCGCCGCCGGCUUUUUGGACUUUGGACUUUGUGUCUGUCCCGCUUUGGCGAGCGGCCUGGCCAAUAAACGGAUU